UAUAACUGGGUGUGCGAUACAGCGCGAGAGGUCAGUCUACGCUGUCACUUACAAGGACCCAAACCCAUAACGAAGAUGCGGACGCUGCCGCACCGGUCUGCGCUCCUGGGCAUCUUGGCCAUCACGGUCCUGACAGGAUGCGUUGGCUCUUCGGGAGCCCAAAGCCAUUGCCUUGAUCCAGCGUACGCGCAGUCCAGAAGGCGAUCGACGACGCGGACCGUUAAGACUCCCAGUACCACGAAUCAACCGGCAGUCACUACAUCGGUUGCCUCCGAGCCGCAGCGGAUGUACAGCACAAGAAUACAACGAAGGAUCGCAUCUCCUACCGUAACGCCGGUUCGCCAAUUUAAAACUACGCGAACUCACGCCACCGUUCGGCCGGAUGUCACUACGACAGUUGCCUACGAGCCACAACGAAUGCCGAGCAUGAGAGUCCAGCGAAGGCUCCCGUCUCCCACUGAAUCGCCUACCCGUCAAUUAAUGACUACGUUGAAUCCCGACGUCGUUGAAAGUGCAUCGAAACCGAUAGCCAGGAGGAUGCGGAAGUCCAAGAAACAGAACAACGCCGCCAUGAUCGACGAGGCAUCGUCCUUGGUCUCGGUCGCUACCGCUCCUCGAAUCAACGAUCUCGUGCAUCCGGCACCGUCCACCUUAUCCAGACGGUAUUCAACCGAGGAUGCGACGCCGGGACAACGCCGUCGAGUCGCUCCGAGGGAGCAACCGAGCCCCUUCAACAUGAAUCAGUAUCUCGGAUUACCCAGGUCCAGCCCGACGCUCCGCGAUUCGGUGAUCCGAACGACAACCGCACUACCGCAGCUGGGGAAUCUUGUUACCGAGCUUAAUCCUCAUACCUUGGCCGCAAAUUCCUACGGGCACACUUCGAUACCACUUCUGCACAACGCUGCUUCCAAUGACGCGAUACAGGCAACCGUUACGCCGUUCGUACCCAGAGGUAGAGUUCGGCAUCGUGACGAGAUCUCUCAGACCACGGAAAGUUUCACCAAGCUACAAAUUGAUCUUGAUAAUCAAGGGGAGAGUGAAACCAACAAGGGACGAUUAGAAAACGAAAGUAGCGAUUCCACUGCUACCGACACUGUCAAUGAGACUCCGAUGGAGGACACCAGCGAUUCGGCCAAUGUUGAGCAUCUAGGAUAUAGCUAUGCGGGCGCUGACGACAGUGAAGAAGAAAUGCAAGCUGAAAAUUAUAAGGUUCAUGAAAAUACCCACAAAGUCCCGAAAGGGGGCGGCGGAGGACAUGGUGGACAUGGCGGAGGCAAAGGAGGCGGAGGACAUGGUGGAGGUGGACAUGGCGGAGGACACGAUGGUCAUGGCGGAGGUAAAGGCGGCGGAGGACAUGGUGGAGGUGGCGGAGGAGGACAUGGCGGUGGUGGAGGAGGUGAAGGUGAUCAUAAAUUCGAAAAGGGGGGUGGCGAAGAGCACAAAGACCAUCAUCACGAAUCCCACGGUCAAUCGGGAGAAAAGAACUACAAAGGGCACCACGAGUACGACAAGGGGGAGAAAGGUUACCACGACAAAGAAAAGCACAGCGGUCAUUAUGCCGAGAAAAAGGGUGACGAAAAGAAGCACCACGCGGAGAGUGGAUACCACGGGGAGCAUCACCACGGCGAAAAGGGAGUCAAAGAAGCGAACUUUGGUGAGAAGGGCGAGCAUCAAAAGGGACACAGUACGAAAGGGGAGCAUUCUAUCCACAAGAAGGACGAGUACGAGAAAAAAACGGAAUUCUUCGACGAGUUCCACGAGGAUGGAGGCAGCGAAAAGCACGGUGAAUUCCAUCACGAGCACGACUCGAAAAAGGGAGGCCACGAAAAGUCUUCCCAUCUCGACGCCGGUGAGCACGAAGUGAAACACGGCAAAGAGCACAAACACGACAAGGGCCAUCAUUACCACGAGGACAAGGGACACAAACAGGCCGACGGGCACGAGGCCCACCAUAAACACGACGACAAGUUCGGCAAGAAAGAGUCCCACGAGGAAGCGAAAAAAUGGGCUUUCAGAAAGGGUGACGACGGGGCCGGAGGCGGCGGUGAAAAAAAGGAGGGAGACGGUGGCAAGAAGGAGGGAGGCGGUGGAAAGAGGGAGGGUGGCGGUGGUCACCACUGAGGAUCACCGUGAUCCGAAAAAUUAUUAAUCCCAUAAUCGAAUUCAGUAAGAAGCCUGAAGUGAUCAGGAGAGAUUGACUACGAAGAGGCAUCGAAUCGUCGGACUGAACGGAUUGGUUCGAGUGUUGAAAGCUGCUUCGGCACCGUUUCUUUCUAUCAUCUUGUCGCCGAUUUUCCUACGUGUGAACACCAAGUCGAAGCUCGAGGAUUUAAAUGUCGGCUGGACGAAAAUCGGCGACGGUGUCGACGGUCCUCACGUAACGCGUACAUAACACGUAUACAGUAUCACGCAUGUAUCAUACACACACUGACUGCACCACCUCAAUGUUAUUAUGACGUCUAAUAUAUGGCUAGUUGAAUUGUUAAUCGUUGA